CAGCCUUCGGGGCGGGCUUUGGGGGCGGCAGCAGCAGCACCAUCACCGCCUCCAGUUCCGCUUCCCAGGCCGAGCUCCAGAUCCUCCUCCUGUCGUUUCCCCAACCAGGCUCGUGGCGGGUGGGCGCCCCUUCCAACGCAGGUAUAUAGCGCUCGCGGCGAGGAGAGCGAGCCGAGCCGUUCUGGAGAGGCAAUGCAGCUGAGGCAGCCGAAGAGAAGCGCAAGGCUUUCGGUGGCAACUCCAGCGGAGAGAAGUAGCCGAUUUCAGCGGACACCCACCUGGGACACUGUCCAUCCCUCCCUCGGGAACUGCCCUCUUCGGUCUGCAGGGAUCGGCCGCUGUUGAGAUGUGGCUACAAAUAUAGCGCUCUGAACCUUUGCACAAAAUAAACCAAACUUCUUUUUAUUCCGUGGUCUGAGUCCUGUGAUUUUCUGCAAUACUAUGAUCAAGGCUUUCCCAAGACAUUCCUUUGCAAUGGAGAUACCCAUCCCAACUCCCUGUGUGCUACAGGAAACUUUGUGAUUUAGAGUCACCACAAAGCAAAUAAAAAAUAUGAAAACAAAUCCUGUCAUCCAAGCUGCCAUUGACCUCACAGCUGGGGCUGUAGGAGGUACUGCCUGUGUGAUAACCGGUCAACCAUUUGACACCGCAAAGGUGAAAAUGCAGACAUUUCCCACCAUGUACCAAGGGCUUAUGGACUGUUGUGUGAAAACCUAUAAGCAAAUAGGGUUCCGCGGCUUCUACAAGGGGACCACCCCUGCACUUGUGGCAAACAUUGCUGAAAAUGCCGUGCUCUUUAUGUGUUAUGGCUUUUGCCAAAAUAUUGUGAGGAAAAUUGCUGGCCUAGACAGGAAAGCAAAGCUGAGCGACCUUCAAAAUGCAGUGGCUGGCUCCUUUGCUUCUGCCUUUGCCACUUUGGCCCUCUGCCCUACAGAGCUUGUGAAGUGCCGCUUGCAGACCAUGCAUGAAUUGCAAUUAUCUGGGAAGAUAGUGCAACAGCACAAUACAGUUUGGUCAGUAAUCAAAAGUGUUCUGCAAAAGGAUGGCCCCCUUGGCUUCUAUCGUGGUUGGUUCAGCACUUUACUACGUGAAAUUCCAGGCUAUUUUUUAUUCUUUGGAGCUUAUGAAUUCAGUCGGACCUUUUUGGCAUUUGGAAAACCAAAAGAGGAAUUAGGUCCGGUUGCAUUGGUGCUCAGUGGUGGCUUUGGUGGCAUGUGUCUCUGGAUUGCUGUUUACCCAGUGGACUGUGUCAAAUCUAGGAUCCAAGUUCUUUCCAUGGCGGGAAAACAGACUGGCUUUAUGAGAACUUUUGCAAGUGUUGUCAAGAAUGAAGGUGUGUUUGCUUUGUACUCUGGACUGAAACCUACGAUGAUCCGUGCAUUCCCAGCCAAUGGUGCCCUGUUCCUUGCCUAUGAAUACAGCCGUAAACUGAUGAUGAACCAGUUUGAUAGCUAGAACUUUUAUCACAGACUGACAUCAUUGGAGUAUGUGUGGUCACCACAGCAAUUGCCCAAGUGUGAGUGACAGAUUUUAAAAUCUGAGUGAAAUGACUGCAACUUUUUAAAAAAAUGAUUUCAGUAAAAAUACUGUAUUUUCUAAA